AUUAAAUUCUUUUCCUUUCAUCAUUUGCAUUCAUUGAUAAAAGAAAAAUUUCCAGCCGUAUAAGACAAGCGUAAAAUAUUUCUGAUUACUUGCUGUGAAAUCGGCAAAAUCAAAAUGAUCGCAACCCUCAACCCCCCAAGCAAUCCGGAAUUUCCACACUGCUAGAAGUAUGUGCGCAGAAUCGUCAAUUACCUAUACUUAUAUGUAUUGUAGGUACAUAGAAAAUCCUAUGCACGGCGCAUCAUUUCCAUCACAAACGGCCGACACGCCUCUCUUCUACGGUACUGUAUGUGUAUGUAUACACACGGCAAAACCGGUCUUUUGCCAAAAGCAAAUAUUAAGUCAUCUCGCGCUUAUUAACGCGGGCGAAGGCUAACUUUUUUUCUGAAUUUUCUACCAAUUGUUUAGGAAUUAAAAAAUUGAGAAGAUGAAGGAAAGUUCUAAUAUUCUCCGUGGACCGGAUUAUCUGUUCGUGUUUCCGGAGGAGAUGACCGUAGGACAGCUGAUACAUAAUCAGCUAGAAACACAUGGGACUAAAAUUGCUCAGAUACAAAAAGAGACUGGGGAAGAACUCACCUAUAAAGACAUUCUAACUCGAAGUCAAAAGUUAGCUGUUUAUUUGAGAAAUCAUGGUAUCAAACUGAACGACCGAAUAGCUAUCUGCAGUGAAAAUAAUCUAGGCUGGGCUGUUUCGAUAUGUGCAACUAUUUUCGUGGGUGCAACAGUGUGCCCCUUGAAUCCUAUGUAUUCGCAGAGGGAAUUUUUACACACAAUUAACAUUUCAAAGCCAAAACUUAUUUUUGUUUCGCCAUUAGUAUUGAAAUCUGUCAAAAACUAUGUUAAAGAACUUUCCUGGACUCCAACUAUAAUACUGAUGCUAGAAGAGCCAAAUGUAGAUGUACCAAGUAUUGGGAAACUGAUUUCCAACAUACCCACGAAAAAUAUUGAAAACUUUCAAGUUACAAAUGUGAAAGUGACAGAACAUGUGGUAUCCAUAUUAUGUUCAAGUGGGACAACUGGGAUGCCUAAAGGAGUUAUGCUUACUGAUAAAAAUUAUCUCUCGACAAUACAAACUAUGCUAGAUGGGUCUGUAGGAAUAGCGAUGCAAGAUCAAACCAUAAUAUGCCUAUUGCCAUUCUUCCAUGCCUACUGUUUCUCUGUUCUUAUCUUUUCAAUUAUAGCUGGUAGCACAGCAAUCGUUUUUUCCACGUUUAAGGAGGAAGCAUUUUUGGAAACCAUUGAAAAAUACAAAACUCAGGUUUUGAGUUUGGUUCCACCACUUAUGGUAUUUUUAGCUAAACAUCCUAUUGUAGAUAAUUAUGAUCUGUCAUCUGUAAAAAUUAUUUGGUGUGGAGCAGCUCCACUUUCUCGUGAAAUUGAAGAUGCAGUCAAAAAGAGAUUAAAUAAUCCUGAAAUAAGACAGGGCUAUGGAAUGACUGAAACAACUUUGACUGUAGUAAAGAUUCCAGAGAAUUGUGAUAAACCUGGCAGUGCUGGAAGAUUAAUGCCAGGCGUUUUAGGCAAAGUUAUACCAGUAGAUUACAGUGGCAAAUGGUCAGAUAAGACUUUAGGCCCAUAUCAAGAAGGUGAAUUAUGCUUCAAAGGUGAUUUGAUAAUGAAAGGAUACUGUGGAGAUAAAACAUCCACUUCUGCAACAAUAGAUGAAGAAGGAUGGUUGCACACUGGAGAUGUUGGCUAUUAUGACGAUGAUGGUUUCUUUUAUAUUGUUGAUAGAUUAAAAGAGCUUAUCAAAUAUAAAGGUUUUCAAGUGCCACCUGCUGAACUUGAAGCCAUUUUAUUAACGCAUCCAGAAAUCAAGGAUGCUGCAGUUGUAGGUUUGCCAGAUGAAGUAGCUGGUGAAUUACCUAUUGCAUUUGUUGUCAAACAACCAAAUGCAAAAGUUACUGCUGAUGGCGUUCUAAAAUAUGUUAAUGAACGAGUCUCAAAUCAGAAAAAACUUCGAGGAGGAGUACGGUUUUUACAAGAUAUUCCAAAGAAUCCAUCGGGAAAAAUUUUACGCCGAGAAUUGCGGCAAUUGUUGAAAUCUAAAUUGUAAAUAAUUUGUUUUUAAUUACAAAUUUUAAAUCCGGUGAAAUGAAAUAAGAAAAUGAAAGUCAUUUUUAUCAAUUAAACGGGCUAUAUAUAUGUAGGUGUGUCUGCUAUUUUAGGCAGUGCAAUGACAGUGAAAAAGGCUUUUAAGACCGUUCUAAAGUGAAAUAUUUUGUUCUUUAUAUACAUGUAUAAUAUAUAAUAUAUAUACACCCAUUUUUACUGUAGCAAUAAAGUUUGUCGUAGAAAACUGUUUUUA